AUGGCAAAAAAAAAUAAUGUAAUUGAAGAAAUUCAAGAAUUAAUUCAGCAAAUUAAAAAUGAAUAUCAGGAGGGGGUUGAUUAUAAAUUCGUUACUGGAAAUGAGGCGCACAAGCAAAGUUUAGGGAAAGAUAUCAGCCAAGAAGUAAAACCAAAGAAUUGUGCGGUUUGCGGUAAAUUAUCCUCUAAAGAGAAUGGUCAAAUGAAAUUAUGGGAUGGAGAAAAAAUUACUGGCGAACCACGUCCUAAUAUUCUAGGUUAUUUUCAUCCCGAAUGUGCGAAAAAAUAUUUUGCUGGCAAAGAGCAAUCAAGCGAAAGUAAUACUCGAAUAAAAGAAAAAUUAUUGCGAAACUUGGAUAAAAUAUGUAUUGGUCCCAGCGCUUAUUUAGAGAAUGCCGAAUAUUUAAAAAAUGACGGUGCUGAAAGUGAUUAUUGA